AUGUAAUCAUAAAUGUAGAGGCUGCAAAUAGCGAUACUUAAAUAGUGCAUCUUUAAAUGAUUGAUCACUUCUGAAAAGAACAGAUUGAUAUAAGGAGGAGGUUUUGGGGGUGACUGUACUCUAACCAGUAACUAGUUAUCUCUAUACCAUUCAUGGUUUCAUUCCACUUAGUGAACAGACCAUCGUCACUCGGCUGGUAAUGUCUGUUUGCUGUUGACCCAAUAGGAACGCCUCGCUCCACACGAGGGCAUCCGACCAAUGAGAGCCAUCUUCACCAAAGACGGAAACAUCUUCACCACAGGCUUCACCCGGAUGAGCCAGAGGGAGCUGGGGUUAUGGGACCCGACGCACUUCGAGGAGCCCAUCGCUCUGCUGGAGCUGGACACCAGUAACGGGGUCCUGCUGCCGUACUACGACCCCGACGCCAGCAUGGUGUACCUGUGUGGGAAGGGGGACAGCAGCAUCCGGUACUUUGAGAUCACCGAGGAGCCGCCCUUCGUCCACUACCUCAGCACCUUCAGCAGCAAGGAGCCGCAGAGGGGGAUGGGCUUCAUGCCCAAGAGGGGCGUGGACGUCAGCAAGUGUGAGAUUGCACGGCUCUACAAGCUCCAUGACAAGAAGUGUGAGCCCAUCACCAUGACGGUGCCCAGGAAGUCGGACCUGUUCCAGGACGACCUGUACCCGGACACGGCGGGGCCCGAGCCGGCCCUGGAGCCUGAGGAGUGGAUGGAGGGCCGGGACGAGGAGCCCACGCUGGUCUCCAUGAGGAUGGGCUACGUGCCCCCCAAGAGCCGCGAGCUCAAAGUGGCCCGCAAGAACGUUCUGGACUCCAGACCCAGCACCCGGCGCAGCGUGUCCGCCUGCGACGCCAACAGCCUGCCGCCCCAGGUUCUAGAGCGGCUGCUGGAGGAGCUCCAGAACCUCAAGUCCACCGUGCUGUCUCAGGAGAAGAGGAUAUGUGACCUGGAGAACAAGCUCUCCCAGUACACCAACGGAACAGCCUGACCCCACACACACACACACACACACACACAUUAGUCUGAGUUACUCAUUUUUAUUAAUACCAAUGGCUCUGCAUCGCCCCUCCCCGCCCUACCAAGGGAUCCAUAUUCACAUUGUUUGAGUGGCAGGCGGACUGGGAGGAGUAUAUUGAGGACAUGUUUAGGAUUAGUUAAACAACAGUUGGAGAAUGACACACGCACGCACACACACACACACACACACACACACACACACACACACACACACACACACACACACACACACACACACACACACACACA